UCGAGUUUUCUUAUUAUUGAGAUGUCUUUCAAGAACUUUUUCCUCGUAGUCAUUGCUGGGAUCUUGUGGAGUUGCGUGGUGGGUUUACAUCGACCCGCACCGAGGUACUCGCAACAAUUUAUGCCGGAAACUUCAUUUUCUUGUCGCAACAAGAUCGUGGGUAGUUACUACGCUGAUCCUGAGACUGACUGUCAAUUAUUUCACGUCUGUGUUUCAGUAGCUGGACUCAUCCAGGAUUACAAAUUUUUAUGUCCCAAUGACACGGCAUUUGAUCAGGAAAGUCAAACCUGUGCCGAUUGGUACGACGUAGAUUGUGAAGCAGCAACAUUAUACUACGCGAGUGAUAAUUUUGACCUUUACCGCCUGGGAUCUGGUCUCGAGUCCCUUCAAUACGACUCGAGUCGCACUGAUGCCGAGCCCCAAGAUCAUCUCCAGCGCAGUGAAACAAACGAUCCCGUACGUUCUGCUGCUAACAAUCUCAACCGCGUUGCUCAGAAUACUUUCAAAAGCCAGUCUUCAGCAUCCAAUUCACAAACCAAUGAUAAUAACAAUAACAAAAAUCUCGACAUUCUUCGUGGGAGUAGCAGCAGCAAUUUCUACAACAACAGAAACGGCAAAGAAGACGACUAUGAAAAUGAUAAGACUUACCGCGACGAGCCGCUGAUUGAACCAAAAAAGAAACCAGGAGUUCGUAAAAUAGCUCGCAAACACCAGAACUUUUCAAGCUACAACCCCACAACUACCGCUGCUCCAAUCACUUCAACUCAUAGCUACGAUAAUUACCACAAAAACAACGACAAUUCUGAAUACUACGCUAACCGUAGAUCAAAGUUUGAAUCAUCUAGCACCCCAGAACCUCAAACAACUGCUCGUCCAGCACAACAGGAUUACAACAGAAGAAAUAAUCACAAGUACAAUGCUCCCUCAACGACAUUACGUCCACCCUCAACUCCUCAGCAGACCUAUCAACCACCCAGCAGCACCAUCAGGCCUGCUCCAUUUAAUAACAACAAUAACAAUAAUCAGAAAAACUACGGGCAAAAUCCAACUACUGUAAAACCAGUGACCUACAGUCAAAAUAUCCAAUACUCUCCCAGCACUGUAAGACCCACUACUUUCAACCAGAAUAAUUACAACAACAACAACCAGUACACGCAAUACAAUGGAAAUUCAAGAUCACCUAGCACUACUGCCGUGCCCAGUACUUACCAACAACAAACUCAAGAUUACACAAACCACCUCGCCAGAAAUUACAAUAAUGUUCAGAGAUCAACUGGUACAUCUCCAGCACCUUCUACUACUGUUUCUCCUAAUUUCUUCGACGCUUAUAAAUCAAACAACAACAACAACAAUAAUAAUAAUAAUAAUAAUAACAACAACAACAAUCAAUUUAAUGGUAAAAAUGGUCAAGUUCGCUCAAGCACUCAAACUACUAAAUUCUACCCCAAUUACAAUAAUAACAAUAACAACAAUUACGCGCCUACCACUUACUCUCCAGGAACAGCGAAAAAAUCUAACAAUGAUGGAAAUCGAAGCGAUAAUUACAGUAAUCAGCAGUCUAAUAACAACAACCAGUACUAUGAUGCGAGCACUCAACAAAGCAAAGCUACUCAAUAUUAUGAAUCGACAAAAGCACCCAAGAAAGCAACCCAGUACAAUAAUUAUGACAACUCUAAUUCGGGAAAGUAUUAUGAGAGCAGUACUGCCAAUUACGAUUUCGCUAGAUCACAGUCAGCUAUUGGAUUUAGCCCGGCUAGCAUAAAUCUUCUUGCUGAGACUCCAAAGACUACAACUGUUGCUCCAAGACGAACAGCCGCUCCUACAACUUACAAUCCAAACAAUUUCCAUAGAACACAACAGCAAUACUCAACGACGCAAAAAGCCGCAACCUAUGCCAGUGGUACUGCUAAACCGUUCUCCAGCACCGCAGCAUUCAUCGACGCGACGACUCCAAGGCCAAAGUCUACCAAGAAAAACGACUAUGAUUAUGCUUAUUACGACAACACCGGAGGUCUAGAGUACGACGGUCUCGAUUUGGAAAAUGUCGCGAGAAAUAAGGAAUCUUCAAAGAUAGCGAGAAACUAA